AGUAGUUUGGUCAGCCCAGCCAACCCCAAUGCCUCCGCGAAUACCAUCAACGCUGCCAGCGCAAUGCUGCCGGGCGGUAACUGAGUCGUGCACCUCGCCUCUUGUUAGCCUCUUCGCCUCCCUCUCGAUCCAGACCCGAAACGCGUCGAUUCUCUCCAACCUACGCGACAACCCAGGCGCCUACCAAAAACGCAUUCGAGUCGGUCGUGGUCCCUCGUCAGGUAAGGGAAAGACGUCUGGAAGAGGUCACAAGGGUCAGAAACAGCAUGGACAUGUUCACCCGUGGUUUCAGGGCGGUCAGACGCCCUUGAUUCGUGCCAAGGGGCGGAUGGGCUUCGAGAACUUUCGAGCUGACGUACUGUCCCAUGUAAACCUCGACAAGCUCCAAGAAUGGAUCGACCAGGGUCGCAUCGACCCCACGAAGCAAAUCACCCCGAAAGAGCUCAUUAAGUCGAACCUCGUCGGCAGCAUCAAGGAUGGAAUCAAGCUGCUAUCCCGCGGUGGAAACACCCUGAAGCAGCCCAUCGACAUCAUCGUGUCGCGUGCUUCGGCCGGAGCCAUCGACGCAAUUGAGAAGGCAGGCGGAAAGGUCGUCACGCGGUACUACACCCGGCAGUCCAUCCGACGCCUCGUCCAGGACAAGAGUGUCAACACAAGCCUUCCUCUCCCACAUGGAUCUGAGUUCGUCGAGGGUAUAUUGGAGGAGGUGCGGCAGAAGGGGUUCUCGUACAGGCUACCUGACCCGACUAGCCGAUGGGAUAUGGAGUAUUACAGAGAUCCGGCGCAUAGAGGGUAUUUAAGCCACCAGCUGAAGCCAGGAGAGUCGCCCAGUUUGUACUUUAGGGUGCCUCCUAGCCAGCUGAAGAAGAAGGUCAAGGCUGUGAAGGACAAGAAGAAGGAAGAUACCAAGUUGUGGGAGAAGUUAUAGGUCUAGUUGGCAGAUCUGUACCGAGUAGACCGGGUAGAGAUUGUAUAAAAUGUGU